UCUUCAUCUUAGAAAAGCGUUUCGCAUUCCCGCUCUUACUUCUUUUACCCUCCUUUAUUUCGAGAAAAGUAUUGAUAUAUGAUAUAUUUAUUUUUUACAUAAAACUGGAGGGUUCGCAAUAAUGACCGUAUCUAGAAUAACAAGUCACAUCAAUAUGCCUGCGUGUAUGUCUUGGUUACCGCACCUUGCAGUCGUUACACUUCUCCCGGCAGUGGCUUUUGGGGCAGACUACGGCGAAGAGGUCAAUCCGGCUUCUCAAUUCAAAACAAAAACGAUACCGGACGGAACCAUGCCACGAUUACCGGAUUUCGGAGUGCUUGCAGAGAAUUCUUUGAGUAGGUGGGAUGAUCAGAAUCUUACGCUUACUACGAAUGUUCCAAUACUCGGGAAUUUUCUCGCUAGGAUGCACUUGUCAAACGGGUAUGAUUCUAGUCUUCCUUUGAUAACUUUAACGUAUUAUCCUAUGUAUGAGGGCGUACACUAAUCUUUAAUAAUAGUUAUAUUGGCCUUGCUGAAGCCUCACUUGGCCCUUUUUUCGAGAAAGAUUUCAAUCAAACAUGUCGGGAUGGGAAGCAACCAACGGAACCAUGGCCAGAAUUUAAUCCUCGUCAGACUUUUUCCGGCAUUGUAGGGUUCUUCGAUAGACAGCACAAUACGACUGCAACAAAUUAUCCAGAGCUUCUGGACCGGGGUGAUGAGAGUGUCAUCUCUGGUAUUCCUCACUUUACUGACAUAUAUUUUACGGUUGGUGAGCAGGUGCUUAACGCUACUGUAGACCUGGCUACAAUAACAGACUAUAGCAGUUCAUUGAACUUGAUGGAUGCCACGGCCCGUUGGAGUUAUACGUGGACUCCAAUUGUAAACGGUAGUUCAAGCUUUGAGAUUGAGUACCUGGCAUUCAUCAGUGCUGCUAGAAUCAAUGUCGCUGCUAUUCAGCUUAACGUCACGCCAUUGAACGGAACAACGGAAAAAGUCACUAUAACAGAUAGUCUAGAUGGUAGAAGCGCUGUCAGAUCAUUCCUUGGACAGAAGGGUAAUGAUGCUGCGUCUAUAUAUGUUUCCAACCACCCAAAUGGUCUUCAAAAUGUCUCGGCAUGGACAGUUUCUACGGCAAAUUUUUCGAGCAGCAACACUAACUCUAUCUCACCAAGGUCUAUUGUGUAUCCUAAUGAUGAUACCAUGACUAUUGGACAAGAAUGGGAAUUUGAUCUCAAAUCUGGACAGCCAGUCACCUUCCAUAAAUUUGUUGGUAUUGCCUCGACGGACAAAUACCCAAACGCACAAUUGAUCGCUAGUCAAGCAUCCAGGAAUGCCACAAAUGACGGAUGGGAUGUAAUUCUUGCCGAACACACUGCGAUUUGGAAUCGGCGAAUGGAAAGAAAGGUUGUCGAUUAUCGGAACCCUGCCACCGGCCAUUUGCCAAUAAAUGAUACCCUCGCUGAGGUUGAUCAAAUCAAUGCUGCAGUUAGCCGAUAUGUGAUCCUCCAGACCCUUCUUCCAGAAGACGAUAGCAAUCUCAACGAUAAUGGCGUUGGUGUUGGAGGAAUUACUGCAGACCCGUACGGUGGCAUGACUUUUUGGGACAUGGAUAUCUGGAUGUUCCCUGGUAUAGCUCUGACUGACCCUGACUAUGCUCUCCAGAUGAUCAAAUAUCGGGUCAAGAUGUACGCUCAAGCCAAAGUCAAUGCACAGGAGGCUUAUGUACAGGAAAAAUACAAAUUCGAUAAUGAUUCUGUGUUAUAUUCCUGGACUUCGGGUAGAUAUGGCAAUGCAACGGGGACGGGUCCCACAUUGGACUAUGAGUAUCACAUUAAUACAGAUGUGGCGAAGAUGAUGUUGGAUUAUAGAAGAAUUACCAACAACGAGGAAUACUUCAAAGAAGAGUUGUGGCCAGUGGUAAAGAGCGUAGGUCACACUAUCGAGGGAGUACUUCAGAAGGAUGAUCACGGAAAAUGGAAUAUCUGGAAUAUGACUGAUCCUGAUGAAUGGACUAACCACGUCAAAAAUGGUGCCUUCACUCAAGCAUCCUUCUUUCAGAUCAUGAACUCCAUUAUCUCCAUCAAGAAGCAAUACGACGAGACGAUUCCAGCUACUUGGCUCGACAUCGUCGAAAACAUCACCAUACCCGUUUCUUCCUCCGGUAUCACUCUCGAAUAUGAAGAAAUGCCCUCCAACAUAACCGUCAAACAAGCCGACGUAACUCUACUUCUCCAUCCUCUCUCUCUCCCCGAGUCAUCCAAAGCCAUAAAUUACACACUGGAAAGAAAACAAGCAGACCUUCAAUACUAUACACAGAAGCAAUCACUCCAUGGUCCAGCCAUGACAUUCGCCAUUAACACCAUCGCUACACUCAGAUAUGGAGGUUCUGGUUGCUCAGCUUCCACCUACAAUAAGAUGGGCGUAUUGUCCAAUCUUCGCGCUCCAUGGUUCUUAAUGAGCGAACAAGCGAACGAUGAUACUAAUGCUAAUGGAGGAUACCCUCCCGCGUUUCCAUUUUUGACCGGUCACGGGGGCACAAUGCAAAUCGCUUUCUACGGAUACUUAGGCCUAGAUUCCUCGCAAGACGUUCUCACAAUUCAGCCUACCCUUCCACCACCCAAAAAAUACCUCACAAUGCAUGAGUUCACGUGGGCAGGAUGUACAUUCAGUGCUAGUAUGAGUACUACGCAUACCAAUAUCACCUUUACUGGAGUUUUACCUUCUUCCUCAAAUUCUCAGAACACAACUUCGGUUCCGAUGGUGCAAAACCUCCCUGCAUCUCGCCAUCCACAAAUACACCAUACGCUUUCUCUCAAUCAGACAUAUACAUUGGAGAAUGACAUGUACUGGCAAGGCCUCACCACUCCCAAUAAUCUCCUUCAAUGUCUUUCCAUCAUCGCCUCCGAUGCCUCCGAGCUAAAUCGCUGGCCGGAGAGCGUCAAUGAUGGGGACGUAGGAACGAGUUGGCAGCCCGAGAACACCAAUGAGUCUUCUAUCUCUAUUGACACUAGCCCGGUCCAAGGCGAGAGAAUAAAGAUUAUUAACGUGGUAUGGGGACAACGAAUUCCUACUAGUGCCAUUGCUGUGGUUUUUAAUUCCACCAAUCCAUCUGAAGGACAUAUAUUCCCGCUCCCCCUUCCUGAUCUCAAAAUUUCAGAUGUGGCAAAUAUAAAAACGAUCAAGGAUAUUGAUUCACUAUCAGAUAUCACGUCUUCAAAGGACUCUCCGUACGGCAAUGGGGAAGAGGGCGCCGGUGAUGAUGUGAGGCUUGAGGAAGGUCUCAAGACAACUUAUACGCUACCUGAUGAUAAAUUAGUGUAUAUGGGAGAUACAGCUGUACUUCGUAUAGCUGGGUGUUUAGGUAGUAGCUGUGGAGUUUUUGGAGAUGAGGCAGGCGCUACGGUUGAAGAGUGGGAAAUCAUUGGCGAAGCUUAGGUUGAGGAUUUUAAGGAUGGAAUUACAAUUGAGAUUAAAAUUGAAAUUAGAGUUGCAAUUAGAUAUUUAAGUUUUAAAUAAAGUUGGAAUGGAGUUAGAGUAGGCACUGGUAUGAUAGAGCAUUAUUAUUUUCUUA